AUGCUGAAUGACACUCUAACAUAUGAGGAAAUUACCGCUAACAAGGACAAAAAUGUUAUGAAACUUAUAAAGGAGUUAGCAAGUAAUCACAGUCACAACCUUACGGGGAAAGAGGUGAACUACCUGUGCCACUUUGAUUUUAAAACUAGUGGUUUCUAUGGCCUUCCAAAGAUUCAUAACAGCAAGAUCAUUUGUCAGGAACCAUACUUUAGAGUUCUUAGGCCAGCAGAUCUCAAAUUCAGGCCCAUAAGAGCUGGUCCUAGAUGUCCAACGAGUAGACUCAGUAACUAUGUGGACAUCCUUAUCAAGCCGUUUACUUUACAUGUCCGAAGUUAUCUGAGGGACACUAUCGAUUUCCUCAAUUAUUUACCAAGGACAGUAUCUGAAAGAACAAUAUUAGUCUCCUUUGACGUGACGAGCUUGUACACAAACAUCAACCACGACCUCUGCGUAAAGGCCAUGGAAUACUGGAUCAGUAAACAUCCAGAGAGCCUUAACUCACGUUUCAGCAAAGAAUUUAUCAUCGAUUCAAUCCUUUAA